CAAGCACUUGCAUUUCCGAACUCUAUUCAAGCAUACUCUAACCUUCUGACAAAAUGAAUUUCUGGUCCCUGAUCAAUGCUCUGGGUCUUCUAUCUACUCUCGAUGCUCACUGCUUGACAACUACUGCAAUUGUUGAGGACGAGAAUGGAAUUGCUAGCCUGGAAUGCUGGAAAUUCACUCAGCCACUUCAAAAAUAUCCAACAAUAGGCAUGUCCUUGCCCUUGGCCAAUGUUUCAAAUGUAACCUAUGUUGCCUUGCCGCCGCGCUCAGGAGAGGGUAUUCACAAUCCUCCACACCCGAUGCUUUUUGUUCUUCUCUCUGGGCUGGCACAUAUCACUCUUCCUAAUGGGGCUGAUGAAGCAUGGGUUAUGGAAGGAGUAAAUGGGUUAUUAGUCGCUGCCGAUACCGUUGGGGAAGGACACUAUACCGACUACCCAUCUGACAAAACCACAGUUGCCUUGCAGAUACCAUUUGAAAAUGGUAUCAUCCCGCCGCACAAAAUUGUUCAUCUGGGAGCGUGCAAGUCACCAAAUCAGAUAAUAUCUAAUGAUCCUGGGGUUGAAUUAUCGUUUGCCAGACUACAAUAUGAGUUAUGAGUCUCUAGCGACUCGCUUGACCGGUUGAAAUUGGGCAUAUUUGUUAUUCACUAUUAAGCUACCAACUAGC